ACAACUCAGGAAACAAACUCCCUCCCUGCCCGCGCAGCUACGAAACCCCGAGGAAAGCAACGGCCAGACUGACCAGGGACGCGCCUGGGACGAGUAAGGGGGCAUCAUGAUGAAAUCACUAAAGAUGGGAAAGGUGCUUGGCAGCAUCAAACGCAAGAACGCCAGUGGCGCCGACGCUGCCGCCGAUCUCCCCGAAGCCAUCGCUGCCCGCAAUGUGAAAUCUUUCUGUGAGGCUGGCGCGCCGAAUAACUCAGGCGAUGAAGUCCUCUAUCUCCCUCCCAUCGUCGACGCCGCCGAAUCUUCGCCGCGAGCUGCUGCCGAAUGUGCGCGCCUCAUCCGUAAAUAUCUGAAGAAAGACUACUGGUCGAAACCGUCGUGUCAAUACAAUGCCAUCAUGAUUACACGAAUCCUCGCCGAUAACCCGGGCGCAACCUUCACAAGGAAUAUGGACCAGAAGUUUGUAGACGUGGUCAAGGAGCUGCUGAGGUCGGGUCGGGAUCCGAGUGUGCACCAGUUGCUCAUGGAAACGUUGGAUACCUUUGAGAAUACCAAGUCGUAUGACGAGGGUUUGACCCUGCUCAUCGACAUGUGGAAGAAGGAGAAAGAGAAGGUGCAAAAGCAAUACGGCCGAACUCCGCAGCCUCCUGCGCCGCACGCCUUGAACGUUGCGCCAUUCGAUGUUCGCUCGCAGAACUACUUUGCACGAAGUCAUUCGAACAAACAGCUACCUAGUCCUGUAGAGCUGGCCAGUCGCUUAGAAGAAGCACGAACAUCUGCGAACUUACUGCAGCAGGUUGUUACCAGCACGCCCCCUGCAGAAGUCCUGAACAACGAUUUGAUCAAAGAGUUUGCCGACCGCUGUACGAGCGCUAGCCGGAGCAUACAAAUGUACAUGAGCGCCGACAGUCCAGCACCAGACAAUGACACGAUGGAGAGCCUCAUCGACACCAACGAGCAGUUGCAGGCAUCUUUGAGUCUGCACCAGAGAGCUAUGUUGAAUGCAAGGAAGUUGGUAGGCAUUGGAGCGCCGGGGAGCGAUACCAGUGGAGAUCUGGGACCACCGCAACAAAAUGGAUCGGGCUCCUCUCGCCGGCCAUCGCCAAACCCGGAAAUGCAUGGUGCCGCUGAUGAAGAGUACUACGAGCCCCCGCCGGGUCCGCCAUUGCCGCAUCGCAAACCCGUGGGCAACGGCAAGGGAAAGGAGAGGGACUACGACAAUGCGGUUGCAGGCCCUUCUCGGUCACACACGCCGCCCGCAGAAGAAGACCCAUUCCGAGAUCCGCAACCAGCAGUAUCGGGGUCAGGCGCGGGAUCUUCGUCCAGGCCCCAGGAUGACGAACCACCGAGGCUUGCGUUCGAGCCAUUCCAUCCAGGUUUUAGUGCUACCUCUAGCUAUUUGAACCGACAGGAUAGCGCUCUCGGCAAGGAGACUAUGCAUGGCGGUAGUGCGCCCAUGGCGCCGACCAAGACACCACCACCGAGACCCGACGAGAGCGAGGAUCUUUACGACGUUACGCCCCCGAGAAACAAACAGCCUGUAUAUCGAUACUGAGUACGUCGCCAUGCCUAUCUACCCCAUUCUGCCGUGGUUAGCAGGCCAUGGCACGCGCGGCACU